AUGGCGACGACACAGAACGCCUUCGUGGCACUCCCGGCUGAAGUCCACGGCACGAUCGGCGCGUACCUUCCGCUCGACAGCCUGAUGUCCGUCCGCAGCACCUGCAAGACCCUGUACGCCAGCGCAGGCUACUGUAGAGAAACCGUCAAGGAGCUCCACCGUGUCGACGACGAAACUAAGGUGGCGACCCAGAAAUGCGAAAAUUGGUCCCCCCCCGGCUGCGGGAUGAUGCUCGCCAUCGGUGACUACGCCCCGACUCGCAAUCGCUUCCUGGUCGCUAACUGGCGGUCGUGGGCGGCGAGGAAGGGACUCUCUGCCUUAGCGGCGCACUGGGCCUCGGACCGCAAGUUUAUGCGUUUGUGUUGCGACUCCUGUGCUACGAUGAAGCUUCUCGCCGCCUUUCCCAGCGAAGAAGUCCGCUCCCGGAAACGCGAUAAGCAGAGCGUGACCUGGAUGGAUAUUCGGCGAUGGAACCCAGAUCCCAAGAACAAGCGAGCCGGCGCCGCCGAGACGGCCACGCAGGGAGUCUCCUUUGUCCGCCAAUGUGGUGAGUGCAAGAUCCACUUGGGGUACGAAGGCUGGGUGACCUUGGGCCCGUUCGAACUCGACAGGAUCAUCCGAUGCGCGACGUGCCACGAGGACAAAUGGAUGGCCACCGAUGAUCCAAGGGGGACCAAGUGGCUGCUGGCCGGGAAAGAGUGUUUCGAGUGCCACAUCAAACGUCCGGAGUACCAGGGCUUUUACGCGCUGGUGAAGCAUGAGGAGACGCUGUAUAAGCGACAAGUCAGACGCGUGAUGCAGCGGCGCAACCGGCUACACAUGCUGUUGAACCGCGACAAACCGAUCAGCGUGGCCGAGGCGAAGAGGGUGAUCCGGUCCAGGGCCAUACGUACUAGCAGUCAUCGUCGUCGCUAG